AUGACUGGUCAAACUAACGGAACCGAGGCCCCGCUUAAUCGCGCGGACGAGGUCAAAGAGCUUCUCUCAGCCGUGGAAGAGUUGAUCAUCCCAUUCAUCCGCUCCGCAGACGAAGACGCCGCCACCAAGCACACCGGUCACGGUCUCGCCAUUUCCGGCGGAGGACCCAGAACCGCACUUGUCGAACAUCACCCACCCAAGAAACUUGAACAAAUUCUAAAAUUGAACAUCCCGGAGCAAGCAGGAGGGAAAGCCGGGUUAGUGCAGAUUGUGGAGAAGGUCUUAAAGUAUAGCGUGAACACGUGGGACCAGGGGUUUCUGGAUAAGCUGUACGCGAGUACGAAUGCGGUUGGGCUCGUCUCGGAACUGCUCCUCGCUACGCUGAACACGAACGCACACGUCUACCAAGUCUCUCCCGUCCUCACCCUCAUCGAAAAACUCACCACCAAGCACCUUGCCCACCUCUUCGGCUACACCUCCCCGCACUGCGGAGGCAUCAGUCAACCUGGCGGUUCCGCGUCGAACAGCUCUGCCAUUGUCAUUGCGAGAAACACCCUGUACCCCGAAACUAAGGAGAAUGGAAAUGGAAACUACCGCUUCACGCUAUUUACGAGUGCGCAUGGGCAUUAUUCCCUGGAAAAGGCCGCGCAGAUGUUUGGUCUGGGAAGCAAGAAUGUCGUCGGUGUCCCUGUAGAUGCCGAGGGCAGGAUGAGACCGGAGGAAUUGGAACGUCUGAUAAAAGAGAGUAAGGAUAGGGGCGAAACGCCGUUCUUCGUCAAUGCGACGGCUGGGACUACCGUGCUGGGGUCGUUCGACCCGUUCCCUGCCAUUAACACCAUAGCCAAGCAGCACAAUCUCUGGUUGCACAUCGACGGAAGCUGGGGCGGCUCCGUGAUUUUCAACUCUCAUAUCGCGCAGACGAGACUGCAGGGAGUAGAGUUGGCUGAUUCCAUCGCGGUGAACCCGCAUAAGAUGCUCGGUGUGCCCAUGACGUCGUCCUUCCUUCUCGCCAAAGAUCUACGGCAAUUUUGGGCAGCAAUGACCCUGCCCGCGGGCUACUUAUUCCACAAUGCAGGUGAUAGCGUGAACGAUGUUUACGACCUGGCGGAUCUGACACCGCAGUGUGGGCGGCGCGCGGAUUCCCUCAAAUUCUUCCUCUCCCUCUCCUACUAUGGCCAACAACAUUACUCGGACCUAGUAGAAAGAGCGUACGACGCGGCAGACUAUCUACUUUCGCUCGUCAAGGAGUCGCCGAACUUCGUGUCUGUGAGUCCGGAGCCGUUACCUUGUCUACAAGUGUGCUUUUACUGGGCGCGAGAUGGGAAGUUGGGGGAUAAGGAGAUGAAUGGAAAGGUGACGAGCGAAGUGGCACAGAGGCUCAUUGCGAGGGGGUUUAUGAUCGACUACGCGCCUGGAGAAAAGGGCAAAUUCUUCAGGGUGGUGGUGAAUGGAAACACUAGGAGGGGGACGGUGGAGGGAUUGUUCAAAGCCAUUGAAGAGGUCGCUGGAGAGUUGAAAUAUUGA